AUGCAGCUCAUCAAGUCCUUCACCCUCACGACCCUACUCUUCAUCCAAACCUCCCUCGCCGCCCCUCAAGGCCUCAAACGUGUCUGCGACUACACCUGCGGCAGCAACUGCUACUCCAGCAGCGACGUCUCUGCCGCCAAAAACUCUGGCUACAACUACGUCGAGCAGGGCGGCCACGCCGGCAGCAGCAGCUACCCACACGUCUACAACAACUACGAAGAUUUUGACUUCCCGGUGGACCCGACUUAUUAUGAGUUCCCGAUUUUGAGCUCGGGAUCUACGUACUCCGGUGGUUCGCCAGGUGCUGAUCGGGUGAUUUUCAAUGAGGAUGGGCAGUUGGCGGGGUUGAUCACGCAUUCGGGGGCUAGUGGGAAUAACUUUGUCGCUUGCCAGUAG